CGGGGGGCGCCUUUCCGUACCUCUGAGGGGAAGAGGGGGUUGAACGGCCGCUUCUGGCCCCGCUGCCCCUCGCGGGCUUGUCGGGGGGGGGACGAGGAGAGGAGCGGGGAAGCGGAGCGGCGGCGCCUUAAGAGGGAAAGGGGCAGCGGAUAACUACUCCCAGCCGUCGCCGGGCGGAUGGAUGGAGGCACCGGCAAGCCGGCGAGGAGUGACCCUGUGAGGAACCGGUGAGUCUCGUAAUUUAAAAGAUGUUGCUGACCUCCACACCAAGUGUUUGAAGGGGGGCAGAAGAAGCACCACCCCACUAAGAACAACAUGGGAAAUACAACUACUAAAUUCCGCAAAGCACUUAUAAAUGGAGAUGAAAAUUUGGCCUGCCAAAUAUAUGAGAGCAACCCUCAACUUAAAGAAUCACUGGACCCUAAUAUUUCUUAUGGAGAACCUUACCAGCAUAACACUCCAUUACAUUAUGCUGCCAGGCAUGGGAUGAACCGAAUAUUGGGAACUUUUCUUUUUGUAAGAGAUGGCAACCCAAAUAAACGAAAUGUGCACAAUGAGACCUCUAUGCACUUGCUUUGCAUGGGGCCUCAGAUUAUGAUAUCGGACGGAGCUCUUCAGCCUCGAUUGACACGGCCCUUUGAAGAUGAUUUCAGAAGAGCAGAUUGUCUGCAGAUGAUCCUGAAAUGGAAAGGAGCAAAACUUGACCAGGGAGAAUAUGAAAGAGCCGCCAUUGACGCCGUUGAUAAUAAAAGAAAUACACCUUUGCACUAUGCUGCUGCCUCAGGAAUGAAGACCUGUGUAGAGCUUCUGGUAAAACAUGGUGGAGACUUGUUUGCUGAAAAUGAAAAUAAAGAUACUCCAUGUGACUGUGCAGAGAAGCAACACCAUAAAGAAUUGGCACUCAAUCUUGAAUCCCAGAUGGUGUUCUCACGAGAUCCUGAAGCUGAAAGCAUUGAAGCAGAAUAUGCUGCUUUGGACAAAAGAGAGCCGUAUGAAGGACUAAGACCUCAGGACUUGCGAAGGCUCAAAGAUAUGCUGAUAGUAGAAUCUGCUGACAUGCUUCAGGCUCCAUUGUUUACUGCAGAAGCUCUGCUGCGAGCCCAUGACUGGGACAGGGAGAAGUUACUUGAAGCUUGGAUGUCUAAUCCUGAGAACUGCUGCCAACGUUCAGGUGUUCAGAUGCCAACGCCACCUCCUAGUGGGUAUAAUGCCUGGGACACACUUCCUUCACCAAGAACUCCUCGGACAACUCGCUCUUCUAUCACCUCCCCAGAUGAAAUCAGCCUCUCGCCAGGGGACAUUGAGACAACUAUGUGUGAAAUUUGCAUGUGUAACAUUUCUGUAUUUGAAGACCCAGUGGAUAUGCCUUGUGGACAUGAGUUCUGUAGAGCAUGCUGGGAAGCAUUUUUGAAUAUGAAGAUUCAAGAGGGUGAAGCCCACAAUAUUUUUUGCCCAGCGUAUGAUUGCUUCCAGCUUGUUCCAGUGGAGAUCAUCGAAAGUGUGGUUUCCAAGGAGAUGGAUAAACGCUACCUACAAUUUGACAUUAAGGCCUUUGUUGAAAAUAAUCCUUCUAUUAAAUGGUGUCCUACACCAGCUUGUGAGAGAGCGGUCAGGCUAACAAGGCAAGGGUCAAAUACAACAGGUUCAGAAGCACUUAGUUUCCCAUUGCUAAGAGCUCCCGCUGUGGACUGUGGGAAAGGGCAUCUCUUCUGCUGGGAGUGUUUAGGUGAAGCACAUGAACCCUGUGACUGUGAAACAUGGAAGAACUGGCUGCAGAAGAUAACAGAAAUGAAACCGGAAGAGCGUAAGAAUGGCCAUUAUGUUGUGGGCGUUAGUGAGGCUUAUGAAGAUGCUGCCAACUGCUUAUGGUUACUCACAAAUUCUAAACCAUGUGCCAAUUGCAAAUCCCCAAUUCAGAAGAACGAAGGCUGCAAUCAUAUGCAGUGUGCAAAAUGUAAAUAUGACUUCUGUUGGAUUUGCCUUGAAGAAUGGAAGAAGCAUAGUUCUUCCACUGGAGGUUAUUACAGAUGUACUCGCUAUGAAGUCAUUCAACAUGUAGAGGAACAGUCCAAGGAAAUGACAGCAGAGGCUGAAAAGAAACACAAACGAUUUCAAGAACUUGAUAGAUUUAUGCACUAUUACACAAGGUUUAAGAACCAUGAGCUCAGUUACCAAUUAGAACAGCGCCUUCUAAAAACAGCCAAAGAAAAGAUGGAACAACUGAGUAGAGCUCUUAGUGGACCUGAAGGAGGUUGUCCAGAUACCACAUUCAUUGAAGAUGCAGUACAAGAACUCCUCAAAACUCGUCGCAUCCUGAAGUGUUCUUACCCAUAUGGAUUCUUUCUAGAGCCAAAAAGCACAAAAAAAGAAAUAUUCGAACUUAUGCAGACAGAUCUUGAGAUGGUCACUGAGGAUCUUGCUCAGAAAGUGAACAGGCCUUACCUUCGUACUCCGCGUCAUAAAAUUAUCCGUGCAGCCUGCCUUGUACAGCAGAAGAGGCAAGAGUUCUUGGCCUCUGUGGCCCGAGGAGUUGCUCCUGCAGAUUCCCCAGAAGCUCCAAGGCGCAGCUUUGCUGGUGGAACAUGGGAUUGGGAAUAUUUAGGAUUUGCAUCCCCCGAGGAAUAUGCUGAAUUUCAGUAUCGGAGGAGGCACAGACAGCGUCGACGUGGAGACAUGCACAGCCUGCUUAGUAAUGCUCCAGAUCCCGAUGACCCCAGUGAAAGCACAUUAGAUACUCAAGAACCAGGUAGUAACAGAAGACAUGGUAAUUCCAUGGUGAGUUCAGCUUCCAUGAGUAUUCUUCACAGCUCUUCUCUUCAUGACUAUACUCCUGUUAGUCACUCUGAAAACCAAGAUUCUCUGCAGGCUUUAAGCUCCUUGGAUGAAGAUGACCCAAACAUUCUGCUUGCUAUUCAGUUAUCAUUGCAAGAAUCUGGUUUAGUUAUUGAUGAAACCAGAGACUUUCUAACCAAUGAAGCUUCCUUAGGAGCAAUAGGUACUUCAUUGCCUACAAGGCUGGACUCUGGUCCCAUAAGUAUAGAUAAUCCACGAGCUGCUCUAAGUAGCUCUGAACUUCUAGAACUUGGUGAUAGUCUGAUGAAACUAAGUGCAGACAGUGAUCCAUUUUCAACUGACCAUCUUAGUUCUCACACCUUCAGUGAUGCAAGAAGUGGCCUGUAUUCAACAUCUAGUGAAGCUGAUUCAAGUAGCCAAGAUCCUAAUAUAAAUGAAAAUCUCCUUGGGAACAUUAUGGCCUGGUUCCAUGACAUGAAUCCUCAAAGUAUUGCACUCAUUCCUUCAGCAAGUACGGAAACAGAUGAUGAUUCACAGCAACCCAGUACUGAAGAGGGGUCAUUGGAGCAACCACAUGUUCCUGAUGCAAGACAGGACCCUCUGGAGGAGCAUGCACUUUUUGAGGAUUCGCUCAAAAAUGAAGGUAGAAGCACCCAGACAGAAGAGAGUGGUGCUGUUGGGAAUGUUAUUACAGGAGAAGCAGUACCACCAAGUGGGGACUCAGCUGGGGAGGCAGCUAGCCAAGUGGAUGCUUCAGGAGAUGUUUCAAGUCAAAUAUCUCAGAGCUCAACUGAGUGGAAUGAACAUGUACAUUUGGUGUGAACACAAACAAGCCUGAACACAGAAAUUGAUUAUGGAGCCAAAAUGGCUAGGCAGUUGCCAGCGGUACACUAUGUGGAGUAAGCAUUCUGGAGACUUUGGCCCGCAUAAGCAGAGCGUGGUUGUUUAUCCGUGGUGUGGAGAUGGAAUAUAUAGGAAUUCCCUUUAAGUUCUUUACGAUGGUUAUGUGAACCUUUCAGGGAAUUUCCAUUGCAUUUGACAGUGUUCUGUUCACUUUGAAGAGAGAGAAAUAGUUUGUACUCCACAUUCCUAAUACAAUGCAGCAUCUAUUUAGCCUUAGGCUGGUGAUCCUUAACUUGAAAGUGUGGAUUAAAGGCUCACUGAGUAUUUGAAUUAUUGAUUCUAUGAAACCAUUCUCUCCUCUUUUCCCCUUAUUUGAAUUGUCUUCUAACAAACCAGUGUUUAGCAGUAUUUUUUAUACCUUGCUUUUUCAUUGCCUUUCCCCAACUAAUCUUUAACCUGCAGUGUGAAUUGAGGUAUACAAUACUUCUCUUCAGUGCUGCUUCACAAACCAAGGAGUGGAUAUUCUUUUCUAAUUAAAAUUGUUUUUUUUAAAUGUCUAUUUACAGUACAGAUGUGCCAAACUGUAAAUAGCAAACAACUUCAACACAAAAAGUAUGCAGUAUUGCUGUUUUAAAGCGCGCCUAUAAUUAUUAGUGAUAGAAGGACCACUUGAAAGAAAUGCUUUUCCAAAUUUAACUGGCAUUUAUUGCCAUGGUGACUGCAUUAACAUAAACUGUACCGUAAGUUAAUUAAGCCUAAUUCUACUGUUAAGAACAGUUAUUUUAAAUAGUUGAUUUAGCAGCAGCUAUGCUGUAUUGAAAAGACACUUUAAUGGAAGUGCAAUCAUAUGCCUUUUGUUUUCAUAAUUAACAAUACAUUUUAUGCACAGUGCAGUUGCUUUUAAUGAUAAUUAUAAAAUAAAGAAGUUUGAAAUUUCUUGACAUUAGAGGCAGUCCCACAAUAAAUCUUUAAUAUUACAUAUUACAUGCAACAUGUUACCGUGCCUUUGCCUAACUCAAAUAGAUAGUUGCCACAGUUGAAUGAGUAGUUAUCUGUUCUGGAGUUACUAUGCUAUGAAGUGCAAAAGCCUCCAUAAAAACCACUCAUGGCCUUGCCUUUCCGGUAAAUAAUGACAUAGCGUAAAAUUCUUCCCUAUACAGGUGUGGUGCUAACACAUAGAAGGAUCCCCAUACAAAUCAGCUGAGCCCCAUUUCCCCCUCCCAGCAUGCAUGCCAUGGCAGUUCAGGCUGCUCCAGAUCUGUGGGUGCUUCAUCUAUCUCCAGCCAAGCCCUCCUGCUCAAUACAGUUCAAGUUGUGCGAUCUGACUUCUGCAUCUUGAGCCGAGAGAGCCUGAGCGUGGAAUAGGGGAAGGGUGCCACCAGGGCGUGCAUUCUGAAAGGGAGGGGAGAAACGGGGUUCAUUAGAAAAACCCCUCUGUGCAGAUCCCUCUAUGCAGACACUGUGCCCACAUUGGGAAGUAUCAUACCCUAAAUGCUCAAAAGUUUUUAUAUAAAUAAUGAAAACACUACUGUGUAUUCUUUCAAUUGCACAAUAUUCGUUUGGUGUGUGGUUGCUGUUUAAUGUAAAAGGAAGAAAAAAAAUUACCUUCCCUAGUGGUGUCCUACUGUGAAGAAAAUUCUUGUUGAGAUUGGCUUAAAAGCAUCAAGACCUCAUUGUAAGUUACAGUGAUGCAGUUUGUAAUUUUAACUAGAAGAAAUUGUUUAAAUUACUGUUUUGCUUGCAUAUAAUCGAAUCCUAGGAUAACACAAGGAAAAUAGGUGAAAUGUUCCAUUUUUAUGUUUGACGAUAUGAGAGAUCUGCUGAUGUCUGAUAUAAAGGUUUCUCGCUACUGACUGUGUAUAGUAAAGUAUUAUGAUGGGAAAUAAGGUUGUAUGUAUAUUGAUUACUGUGAGUUACAAGAAAAAGUAUUUUAACUCUUUCAUUUAAAGAUUACUGUUGGAAUCUUGCAGUCCCUGUGGCUCAUAAUACUAAAUAACUACAUAUUAAUUAUUUACUCCAAAAUUAAAAAAAUAAAUCUGUUUCUUCUAGAAGUUUAUUUAGAAGGAAUAGUUCGCUGCUCUGUUCACUGUAUUCUGUAGAUCCAUUACAUUUUCUAGCUUGGCUUCUAACUGCCCUAUCCUGAAGGUAUUGAUGUUGAAACCCUGUUUUCAGCCUUGAGAAACUAUUUAAACAGCUGUCUGGUAUAAAAUCUUCUUAACCAAAAAUAGGACUUGAAGAUUCUAUCCUCAUUAAUUGGUUUUAAACUGAAAUUAAUUUGAGACGCACAUACAGCAUCCUUGAGUUAUAAUUUCCAAAUAGGACGAUCCUCACACAGAUUUUGUGUAUUGUAUUAAGAUGUCUUGCAAAGCUAAGAGAAGAUAUGUACAAGUGCUCUCUGUGACGAAUAGUGAAGUUUGUGGGUUCUGGUUUUACUGUAAUUUGGUUUAGAUUGUGCAGUAUACACCAUUGUUCCUGUGUUGACUUUAUUCUGAGCAUGAAAUUUAGCAUAUUAAAUUUGUAUUUUCUUGGUACUUAUUUAAAUUUAAGACCACCCCAGUAAUUGAAUUUGCAAUUCAGAAAGAAAGUUUGGCAAGCCUAUUUUGUAAACCAAUUAAUUUUGUAAUGUAAAAAUAAUAAUCUUGAAAAUGCUAUUUGCACUUUCAUAGUCUAUACUUGAUACAUUCCCACUUUAUAUACAGUAGGAUAUUACAACCAUGUAGAUGUUUGGCCAAAUGAAUGCUGUUAAUAAUAUGUAAAAUUCUUUGAUUAAACAUUUAUUACUUAAUCUAA